AUGCAUGUCGGGUCGUUAUGUAUUUACGAUGGCAGCCAGACUGACCCGGAACGCCUGACGGAAGAGGCUCUUAGCCGCACGGUCAGUGAACGCCUGCAUCUCAACGCAACCACCCGACGGCGCCUGGUGAAGGUACCUUUCGAAGCUGACUACCCUUACUGGAUCGAAGAUCGAGAUUUUGACCUCGAAUAUCACCUGCGCCGCGUGGCAUUGCCGAGUCCGGGCGACCGUGAUGCGCUGCAACAACUGGCGUCACGUAUUUUCGCUCGACCCAUGGACAUGACCAAACCGCUCUGGGAACUCACCGUCAUUGAGGGAUUGAACAAUAUUCCUGGAUUACCUCCCAACAGCUUUGCAGUACUCACCAAAACACACCAUGCCGCGGUUGAUGGGGCUUCCGGGCUGCAUUUUCUGGAGUUAUUGCACGAUCUGUCACCGGCACCAACACCCAUUCCGGCGGCACGCGAAUCAUGGCAGCCAGAGCCCGUACCCACAGACGCAGAGCUUUUAUUUCGCAGUGGUGUGAAAAAUUUCACCCAGCCCUUCCGUUUCGCGCAAACCCUGGGCCGCCAAUUCAGCCAGCAGAUGAGUGCGUUCCCUAACGGAGGCGCACCCGGCGGAGAAAACUCGUUCAGCACGCCACCGCAAGCAAUUCCAAAAACACGCUUCAACGGCAUGGUAACCGCCCAUCGAGUGCUGGGAUCAAUCAGUGUCAGCCUCGCUGACAUCAAGGAAAUUCGCCAGGUUGUACCUGGUGCAACCGUAAACGAUGUGGUGUUGGCGGUCUGCGGCGGCGCUCUACGCUCCUACCUGCAUGCAAAAAACGAAAUUGAUCAGACGUCGCUGGUGGCCAUGGCCCCGGUCAACCUGCGUGUACCUGGCAGCGACGCGCAAGAUAGCGAAGCCGCUGGCGGCAAUCGUGUUUCCGCGCUGUUUGUUUCUAUCGGUACUGACAUAGAAGAACCGUUAGCGCGCUUGCAACACAUCCAUGCGGAGACCAGUAAAAGCAAACUCAUACACCAGGCUGUUGGGGCAUCUGAUAUGACCAACUACAGCAAGUUUGUACCGGCUUUUACCGCGGCGCUGGCUUCACGGUUGAUGACAGAAACGGCUGCAAAUGCACCAGCACCGCCGUUUAAUGUCUCGAUCACCAACAUACCCGGGCCCCAGGAACCGCUCUAUUUCAGUGGUUCUCCCAUGGUGACCGCAAUUGGUCUUGGCCCCAUCACACAAGAUAAACUGCUGGAGCUGGCCAACGAGCUGGCACCGCUGUGUGAAGUGCACGUUAUUGCUGUUGAUCUGGCAAAACGCAGAGGACCAGCAAAGCUGUUUGCAGCGGUCAGUGAAAUUGGCCCUGUCGAUACGCUGAUUAAUAACGCAGGUGCUGCCUACCAGGGUCGGUUCGCCUCCAUGCCGCUGGAGCGGAUCCACGAUAUUGUGCAUCUGAACAUGAGGGCAUUGAGCGAAACCAGCGCGCUUUUCCUACCCCAGAUGCUCGCCGCGGAACAAGGCAAGAUCCUCAACGUCAGCUCCGUUGUAGGUUUUCAGGCAGUACCCGGCAUGGCCAUGUACAGUGCCAGUAAAGCCUUUGUACUAUCAUUUACCGAAAGCCUGGCUGAAGAAACACGCUGCAGUGGCAUCAAGGUCUGCGCGCUGUGCCCGGGUCUGACCGACACUGAGAUGGUUGGUGAUCUGGGAACAGAUCAUAUCCCCGGCGCGCAGCUGAUGAUGAGCCAGCCUGAGGAUGUUGCCCUGCAGGGUUACAACGCUUUACAUCAGGGGGAAGUGAUACGUGUACCAGGGCGCCAGACCGAUGGUGGCGUUCCCCUGAACGCUGCGCUUGGCGUUGAUCGCAAAGCGUUUAUGGACGCCUGGGCAGAUAUUUUCGAAACUUCCAGGCAGCAACCCGCUGCGUUAUGGAAUGUGACCCGGGAAUUUGCUACCCAAUUUGCGAGUAUCGCUAUGGGUAACAGUGAUCUAUCACCGGAACCCAAUGAUAAAAGAUUCCAGGAUCCUGCCUGGAUCGAAAACGGCCUGUACCGACGCUUAGGACAAACCUAUAUCGCCUGGACCCAGGCUCUGGACGGUUGGUUGGAUGAGUCACAGCUGGAAGGUAUGAAUCGGGAGCGCGCACGCUAUGUCUUCGAUGCUGCCAAAGACAUUUUCGCACCUGUGAAUACACUGGUGGGCAAUCCUGAAGCCAUGCGCAUCGCUCGGGAAACUAAAGGCCGCAGCGUCAUACGUGGUUUAAAAAACAUCGUCGACGAUCUGCAGCAUAACCAUGGCUAUCCAGCCUGUGCUGACCGCAACGCGUUUAAAGUCGGCCAGGAUGUUGCGGCCAGCGAAGGUGCUGUCGUAUAUCGAUCAGAGCUGCUGGAAUUGAUUCAAUAUCAACCCACUACAGACCAAGUUGUCGACGCACCGUUGUUGUAUGUCUUCAGCCAGGUCAAUCGCUUCUAUCUGGGUGACCUCACACCGGACAGAAGUUUAUUCAAGCGCCUGCUUGAUGCGGGCAUACCGGUGUUUGCCGUCAGCUGGCGCAACCCUAAAAAAGAACAUCGCAACUGGAACCUGGAUUCCUACGCAGAUGGCAUUAUUCAGUCUGUGAGUGUGAUCCGGGAAAUCACAGGUGCACCCAAGGUCAAUCUCAUGGGUUUGUGCGCCGGUGGCCUUGCAGCAACAGCGGCGGCAGGCGUUAUGAAUGCACGCGGCGACGACUGGAUCAACAGCUUAUCGCUGUUUGUUAACGUACUCGACAAUCGACCUGAAGACAGUGACUUUGGACUGUUUGUCAGCGAACGCUCUGUCGAAGCGCAGAAGCAGAUGACGCGCAUGAGCGGCCUGUUUGAAGAAAAGAACGUGUUUGAAAUGUUUGCCAUGCUGCGCUUUGAAGAAAACAUCAUGGGCUUUUUACGCAGCAACUAUUUGAAAGGCGAAGACCCGCUAAAACAUCCACUGCUGUUCUGGUCUAUUGACUACACACGCCUGCCUGCCGGGCUACAUGCAGACUUUCUCGACCUGUCGUUACAUAACAAACUGGCGAAGCGGGAGAUGAAAAUUCUAGGCAAACGCAUUGACCUGUCUAAGAUCGACUACCCUGUUUACAUGAUGGCGGGUUCUACAGACCACAUUACUCCGUGGAAAGCCUGUUAUCGCAGCACCCAGUUGUUUAACGCAGACAAUGUUCAGUUUGUACUGACCAACCAGAACCAUACGCAAACCAUCUCCAGCCGUGACGAUAACAAACACCUGAAACACUGGAUCGGCAAAAGCUAUCCCGCUGACCCGGAAGCCUGGCUUAACACCGUCGAUGAGCACGCGGGUAGCUGGGUAUUAAACUGGAUUGAUUGGUUGAAAGAGAAAAGCCCCGCCGAACCGGUACAGGCCCCCAUCGCCUAUGGUAAUGACAAUUUCCCGGAAAUUGAUGCUGCACCCGGGCGCUACGUGCUGGAAAGUUGA